AUGACUUCCACCGAACUGAAAAUUGGCCUCAACACCAGCUCUCGUCCCUCCAGCCGCGUCCUGAAGCCUCCAGGUGGCGGACACACCAACAUCUUCUCGGAACCCGAAGUCGCCGUGAAUGCCCCGCGUCCCAAAUACAAUCAACAGAACUCUUCCAAUCUGAAUGCCUGCAUGGGUUCCACGGAUGCCAAUCAGGUGGUGGAGAAGCUGCGGGAUGAGGUAGCUGCCGCCCCAAAGGAGGAACAAAAGCCUGCAGCUAGCCAGCCCAAAGAGAGCAGCAAUGGCAACAAAGGAGCGUCAGAUCAGGCGCGUGGUCGUGUUCCUCCCGGCGGUUACUCAUCGGGUGGCUUCUGGUAGACGAAGCAGGAUGGGAGGAUGGAUGGAUGGGGUAGCUGUAGUUGUGUGGCUGCCACACGCAUUUAAUGACACUCUCACACAAACAAACACACACUCACAUACACACACAAGCCAAGACAUCCUCAACACCAUUAAAUACAUUUAUAAAUAUAAAUCGCUUAAACUAUUACAUAUAUAUACAAUAUUUAGCCUAUACAACAUUCAUAUUCAUAUUCCAAAAUUGGCUACAAAAUGUUCAAACCGUUGAAAACAAAAGUUGAUAAUGAAUGCGAAUUAAUUAUCCAAUUUUAUUGCUGACAUUCAUUGACUAUAUACUAUAUUCGCCUUUUUUCUGCUCUCUUUCUGAUUUUUGCAUUUGAUUUAUGAUUUUUGUGUUUCUAUUCUAUGCAUAACUAUUUUAUAAAACGUCUAACGCAAUUGUUUAAACAUUAAGUGCGAUUCCGCCCUAAUAAAACAUACAAAUUAAAAAACGAAAACGUAUUUAACAAAUUUACCAUUCACAUUUUGAAUCUGUACUUAAAUGUCCAAUCCAAACUUGUAACAAUGGUCUGUAAAAUUUGUCUAAAAUUAUUUUCUAAUUACGUAAGUGUAUUGCGACAAAAUAAAUUUAACAUUUAAUACAAAGAACAAUACUGUCUUUUUUAUUCCACAUGAAAUUCGUUCGUAGAAUAAUUAAAAGUCGUUUCUUGGAUGUCUUGUACCAAAAAAGGUAUAAACUUUAAUUGGCGAUCAAAUUGCAGCGAUCGAUACACGCACGAUCUUAGAUCAAAAAGAUUUGUGCGUAAAUGAAAUUAUGAAUUAUUGAGAUAUUUUGAGUUCUUAGUUACGAUAUUUUAAGUCUAUCAUUUAUUACACCUGAAUUAAUAAUUAUCGUGACGAUUAUGUCAAAUUAUAUUUACGAAUAAAUACAUCAAUCUGUAUUAUUUUUAGUUUGGAUAUCUUAGAAACUAGAGGGGCGGUGGAGCGG